AAUCUAUCGACCAUUGAUGUUGCUUUACGUACAGUAAUAUACAAAGAACAAUGUUUUUGUUAAAAAAAUAAAUAAUUUAAUGAUGGUGUGGACUAAAAUUCCUCUCGUAGUGUAGUAUUAUCUAUUCAAUAUUCUUGAGAAACUGAUUAAAAUGUUACGCACAGUGCUCACAUUAGUCGCUGCUAUAUUUCAAGUGUCGCUUGGGUUUUCUGAUGUAGGAAAAUGGGAUUUGCCGCUAAGUGGGAAAAGUUGCCGUUUUGAAUUAGCUAAAUCUCUAUUUAUAAAUUCCAAGCUGAUUGCAGUAUUACAUUGCAAUGUGGAUUCUGCAAAUGUUACUGUAAUUUAUACCUGGGCACCUUCACUAUGCUCUGCUGAUUACUUUCACUACUUUGAGCAGCAAAUUGUGGAUUGUUCAGAAAGAGUAGAUAUGCCAGUGAUUGAUAUUGGCAAUACAAGCAUAGUAAAUGAUGCUAUAACUGUAAAGCGAACAUAUACUUGUCAUGACAAAAAUUCCAUUUUAUUACACGAUGAGAGAAUCAAUGAUGACGUCAAUAAAAAGAUAGAGGAGAUGCAUUCAAUCAGUAAAACACGUCCUGUACUGACAGUGAAGAAAGAAGGUGUCUAUCAGUUGAUGAUGACAGUAUUGAGCACUCCUAAUUUCAAAGGAUCAAUGCAAGUGGAAAUGGUGGCACCGUCUGGUUACCUCUCGGCUGCAAUGUAUCCUCUAUUAGUGUUUUUUGGUGUGAUGUGCGCCGUUUAUACGAUUCUAUGCGCGUGCUGGCUGAUUGUGUGCGCGCUACAGUGGCGCGAUCUGUUGCGUAUACAAUACUGGAUCGGAGGCGUCGCCAUAUUGGGCAUGAUCGAGACUGCUACUUUCUACGGUGUUUACUCAUCAAUAAAUAGAACUGGAUACUUCAUAGUAGAAGCUUACAUGUUCGCCGAAUGGGUGUCGGUGGCCAAACGAGCUCUAGCGCGGAUGCUGGUCAUCAUUGUAUCACUAGGAUUUGGUAUUGUCAAGCCUCGCCUGGGGCCGGCCCUGCAGCGGGUGGUGGGCACGGGCGUGCUGUGGGGCGCGCUGGCCGCCAUAUACGCGUGGCUGCGGCUGCACCACCGCGCCGCCGACUCCAACCGCGUGCUGCUGCUGGCCGAGGCGCCGCUGUCGCUGCUCGACAGCGCCAUCUGCUGGUGGGUGUUCGUGUCGCUCGCGCACACCAUGCGCACGCUGCAGCUCAGGAGAAACACAAUAAAGCUAUCACUGUACAGACACUUCACGAACACACUUAUAUUUGCUGUGAUCUCAUCUGUGGUAUUUAUGUUAUACUCUAUCAAAUCAUACAGAGCAUCAGAUUGUAUCAGAGAAUGGAAGGAAGUGUGGAUGGACGAGGCGUACUGGCAUAUAUUGUUUGCGAGCGUUCUCACUGUGAUCAUGGUGUUAUGGCGACCGACUAAUAAUAACCAGAGAUACGCCUUCACACCGCUGCUAGACAACGCCGAGGACGAUGAAGAAGAAGAAGAACAGUUCGUGAAUGACGCGUACGGCGUCAAAAUGCGUGGUUCAGGGAUAAAUAACAGUGACAAUACGACGGAACCCAAUAAAGAGUCUUCCCAUCCCGACCCCAGUAGUAAUUCAUUAGACUCUGAUCUCCGCUGGGUCGAAGAAAACAUACCGACUAGCACACUACCGCUGCUAGAUUCAGACGAAGAAAUAAUCAAUACAAAAUUCGAAGUGUCUAAAAUGCAAUAGUUACUUAAAUAUAGUAAUAAUAAUAAUCUGUAUAAAGUAUUUAUGUAAAAUGU